AAGAGAGGGAGAGUAAAAGAGGUGCAGCGAUGUGGGCAUGUGAUGACCUUUUAAAGAGGGAGUUGAGGCUUGGCGAAGAUGAAAGCAGAGAAGAGGAAUGGUAAGCAGUAAAUGUGUCGGGAGCGGGGCCGCGGAAACGGAGAAGGGGAGGGGUGAAAGACUGGCAGAGAGUAAGGGAAGGAGGGGAGAAAGCUGGACACUGGAAACUUGUGUGCCACCCCGCGGAGUGGGAAUGGGAUGGAGGGAGAGCGCGAGAGAGAUGUGUGUGGGAGGAGAGAUGAGUCUCUGUGGAACCCAAACUCUGUCUGUAGGAGGAUAUCCUGAGAUAGUUGUCCCUGUCUCUCUCUCCCUCUCUCCCUGCCUGGCUUCAAACAGCUUUGUUUAUAUACUCUAGACAGGCACCUCUCUCUAUUUUAGAUCACUAGAGUUCACUCGCUCCCCUCUUCUCUCGAGCUGGAUGAGGAACUGAAAGGAAGGUGCAGUACCAGGGGAUAGGCCUACUAGGCAGGAUGAGUUCUAGGGGGACCAGGCCCUCUUCCCCCCCCAGCCCACCGGAGCGGCCAGCGUCGCGGGACUCCCAGGACUCCAUGGAGGACUACUGGAGCGAAGUGAAGAACAUCGAGGAAGAUGGUCAGCGGGGCCACGAGGACUUGCUGGAGAGGGGCAGUAUGGACGAGGCGGAGCUUGAGGAGGCGUGGCUGCAGGAUGCGGGUCUGUCCACGCUGGUGUCGGGGGUGUUGGGGGAGGGGCCUGCAGAGGCGCUGCUCUCCACACUGUCGCGCUCGCAGGCAGCCAUGGUGAAGAAGCGUGUGGAUAAUUACACCCUGACCGUGAGGAGGAGGAGCAAGCAGCCGACCAGACACGUCCGAGACGUCUUCUCCACGCCAGACACAUCGCCAGUUGAUCCCAUACCCCCUGUCCCCCCCAAGUCACCCAAUGGAGACAUGCCUUCCAGAUGCGUCCACCGGACGUCUAGAGUGCGGCCCGCGUGUCCCAGCUUCUCCCAGAGCACAGAGAGACGUGUUUCAGAGUGCCCUCCCUGCCCACCACCUCAGGACACCUCUGACUCCCUGUCUUUCGAGGUGCCCUACUCCGAGGGCGUCACUGCCCACCGCAGAGGCCGCCAGGGGGACUGCAAGGACUGCCAACGCAUCCGCAGAGAUGACCAUGACCUGCCAACAUUUCAGCUGCCCAGGCCUAAACUGGGCCUCACCCGCAUCCAGGACCUGUCUUGUGAGGACAUGAAGAAGAUCGGCUACAUCUCUUUGAUUGAACUGACCACCUUCUACGACGGCCUGGGCAUCGAGCUCAAGCGCAACCGCGCGGCACGUAGCAAGGCCAGAGAAAGUGGUAUAUUUGGAGUUCCCCUGACCACUCUACUGGAGAAUGACCAGAAGAAGUUCCCUGGGUCCAAGGUUCCUCUUGUGUUCAGAAAGCUCUUGUCCAAGCUGGAGCAGACAGGACUACAGACUGAGGGGAUUCUCAGAGUACCAGGGUCUGCCUCCAGAGUAAAGCAUCUGCGCCAGGAGCUGGAACAGAAGCUCUAUGAGGACCGGUUUGACUGGGAGCAGGUGAGGCACAAUGAUGCAGCGGGUCUGCUGAAGAUGUUCAUCAGAGAGCUGCCUUAUCCUCUGCUCACGCUCCAGCACGCUCCUGCCUUCGCCGCCGCACAGAAUAUCUCCUCUCCCAGACAGCAGAUCCAGGCCCUGCACCUCCUCAUCAUGCUGCUCCCUGAGCCCAACAGAGACACACUCAAGGCCCUGCUGGAGUUCCUGAGGAAGGUGGUAGCCUAUGAGGAGAAGAACAGGAUGGGUCUGUGGAACGUGUCCAUGAUCGUGGCUCCCAACCUCUUCACCUACCGGGGCAAGAAUGCCAAACAGGAGGAGAUACAGGGCGCAGCAGGGGCAGCCCACCUCGUACGGCUACUCAUCACACACCAGGACCUGCUCUGGACCGUGCCCUGCUUUCUCAUCUCCCACGUGAGGAAGUUAAACGAGGCUGGUGCCAGCAAGAAGCCGCCCAGCUCAGAGAAGACGAAGAGGAAGCUGCUGCUGAUGAGGAGGAAGACCAUUGAACGAGAGAAGACUGAGAGGAGCGAGCUCACUGACCUCCGACAAGGGGUCAUCAGGGUUCACGCCCCACUACAUGCCAAGAUCUCCAUGGCGAUCCAGCUUGACAACGAGACCAAGGCCAAAGACGUUAUGGCGCGCUUCGACUAUGAGAACGGUCGUGGCACCAGAAGCACUAGCCGGAGGCCACAUCAGUAUCUGUUUGAGGUCGGAGGAAACAUAGGUGAACGCAGCUUGGACCCUGAGACUCAUCUUUUAGACGUAUACCACGUGAAUCCCCACUGCGAAUGGGUCUUAAAACCCACAACCACAUGAGAACUGAGGAUUCACUCACUCAACACAGAGCACAAGCUUACUGAACCACUGCUCUCUUGAGGUCGUCCUGGUGAACUGACCAUGCAUGGAGGCCUGGGUGAACUGACCAUGCAUGGAGGCCUGGGUGAACUGACCAUGCAUGGAGGCCUGGGUGAACUGCGGUUUCAUCCCCAACUACAGACCACUGAAAAGAGAGACAGCGCUUAAAAAGGAACUAUGGAGAGGUACAUUCUCCUGCUGAAGGAAAGAAGUUCCUGUUUUGUGGGAUUAAACCUUUUUAACAAAUUACAAAAAAAAAGGGCGGAACCACUGUUCUCUGCAAAUAUGGGUUCUGUAUGGAAGUAUUUGGAGGAGGGACAGCUUUGUGAACACGUGCCACACACGUGACCAACAACAUACCAUUUCUGGACAUUCUAAUUGUUUGAUGCCAAAUAUGUCCGCAGCAUGGUUCACCCACUACAGAGGCCAUGGACACAGUAACAGACAAGGAUGGGUCUGAUAAUCAAAUAAUGUUUCCCACUUCAUGCAAGACCCAGUUAACAUAUAUUUGCUAUAUUUAUACCACUAAUUGAUCCUGCUUUUAGUAUUGUCACACAUACUACAGGUACAUUUUGUGUCAUUUGUAAUUGCAGCAUGUUGAUUGCAAAACCAUUGGGAGUGAGGAGAUUCAGAACGAGUGCAUGAUGGGAAGGAACAAGCGGAGAUGGGAUGAUCUGACACUGAAUGCAGACAUUGUUUCCAUCUCCAAUGUUGAAACAACUUCCUUUUCAUGGUCUCCUGUCCUCUGCUGACCAGUGAUCUGGUGUAGUACUGAUCAGAACUAGGCAGGUGAUAAGAAUUUAGUGAACGCCUAUCCAGUCCCUUCACCUGUCAGUGGUCAUGAAGGAAAGGUGAUGAGGACAGGAAGCUGUGUCAGAGUAUUGAAACACAGCCCCACAUCAGAAACGUUGAACAAGGAUUCCAACCAUUGUCAAACCCGCUUUCUCUGCUUUCUGGGUUUGCAUGUUGAACACUUAAACCUCUCCCUCCUAAUACAUCUCCUCAUCCCCAAUGGACUGUAGAUGUGGAAACCAUGUACACACUACAGUAUGACUUAACACUCAACAAUCCUAUGUGUCUAAUCUACGUAGACUUGCAUUACUAAUGACCUGAACUGCAUGCCUGGAGAGUGUUUACAAUACAUCCUCUAAUGAAGAAGAGGAGAAAAGGCCAUUAAAAAAGGAGCUUCAUAGCAGUUUGCCUGACAUGCUUCCAAACUGAUUUUACUACGUUUCACUUCAAACCACAGUGUUCAGUCUGUUUUAACCAGGCUAGUCUUAGCCUGCGUACAGUGUUUGAACUUGUGAAUGUUUACUUUCAGGGCAUGUAUGUAUGUAUGUAUUAGCCCAACCAACCUCUCUCCACUUUGUUCUGGGUCGUUCCACCAACUUUGUGCCUUUUGUGAAGUGUAACUUAGUCAAAAAUAAUGAUUUCACCUCAUUUUAACAUUCUGUCAUAAAGAGCACAUGUUAAACUUAAUUUAAAAAACUGUUUUCUCAUCAAGGUCAAAUUUAAAAUAAAUAAGUUCCUAUUAAGUGCCAAAUAAAGUAACAUGGCUGACUGUAACAGGGUUGAUGUAAUCUAAAAACAGACAUAAAUUCCCUUGUAACUGGGGGAAUAGAAGUGUGUUUGUGAGAAAUUUGAAAGUAAGCUUCAAAAUGUUUUUUUUAUUGUUAAAACAAUUACGUUAUGUUCGACCCCCGCUCACUUUUCCACCACAACACCAGAACAUAGUCCAAAAAAAAGAGUAGAACCAGCUCUCCUGCUUUUACACCAUGGGUUUGACUAGGAAAUGUUCAAUGUUUCUUCUGAAAAAUACAUUUAAAACGGAAUAGUUUCGCCACGUUAAAACGAGUUCAGGUCACGUAACAGGGCUGACCUUUAAAAUGAGGGACAGACGUAAAUGAAUCACUCAUCACAUUAAAUAAAUCUUCAGAAAUGACUUUGUCAGAGAUCUAUAAUAACUAGGGCUUUACAAUGAUGGUGAAAACAUGGUGAGACAUUUUGGGUUUAAAGUCUUUCUAGAGGUCAGAGUGCACAGAGGGACAAGUCAAAAUGCAGAAUUCUGACACUAUUAAAAUAUUUAUUGGAUUCUCCAUGUGGUCUAUAUUAAAGGGCACUUCAUUUAAUAUAGCAGGCUUUAUUGAUGUAUGAUUUCUACUUCGCAUAUUAAAGGCACUCUUUGUGGAACGACCAGUAGUGUUAGCCUAGCCUGGCUUCCAAACUGGUUUCACUUCAAGCCAUAGUAAGUUCAGUCUGGGCUAACCAGGCUAAUCAUAGCCUGCUUGCAGCAUUUGAACUUGUGAAUAAUGUUUACUUGCAGGUCAUGUACUGUAUGUAUUAGUCCAACCAACCUCUCUCUACUUCUACUAUGCUGUGGUGUUACUGUAGUUCAGUGUUUGCCUUUGCCAUGAUUGUCAGCCUUUUGUUGUUACAUAAGUAUUCUGUGGUCCCAAAUCAACCUGUAGAAAAUGCAUUGAAAAGAUCGUAAUGUUCAACAUGACUUUGCUCAGGAUUAUUUAAUUUAUCCUUCCAAAGCCAUUGUGUAAAAAAGAAUUCUGUGAAAGAUGAAUUUGUACCAUAGACUUACUACAAUAUGUGUGUAUUGUCUGUAUAUAGAAUACUGAAUUUUGCACGUUUUUAUUUUAUUUGCUUUCUUUUAUUAUUUGACCACUGCCGACAGUUUUGGCCAAGUGGCACAAUGUAUCACUGACACAAUAACAAUUGAAUAUACUGUAAAGUAAAACAUUUCCUUCUCA